CGAACAUGGCGGCGUCCUUAGAUGAUGAUUUUGAGUUUAAUAACCAGGACUAUUACUCUCUGCUCAACGUUAGGAAAGAGGCUACAUUGGAGGAGCUGAAGGCGUCAUAUCGGAGGCUGUGUAUGCUCUACCAUCCUGACAAACACAGAGACCCAGAGCUGAAAAGACAAGCUGAACAGCUUUUCAACCAGGUGCACCAGGCAUAUGAAGUGCUGAGUGAUGCUCACUCCAGAGCCAUCUAUGACAUCUUUGGGAAGAAAGGGCUGGAGGUGGAAGGUUGGGAGGUGGUGGAGAGGAAAAGAACUCCAGCAGAAAUUCGAGAGGAGUAUGAAAGGCUGCAGAGAGAAAGAGAGGAGAGGAGACUGCAGCAACGAACUAACCCCAAGGGCACCAUCAGUGUUGGUGUUGAUGCUACGGACCUGUUUGACCGUUAUGAUGAAGACUUUGAAGAGAUGCCAGGAGGAGGCUUUCCUCAUAUUGAAAUAAACAAGAUGCACAUUUCUCAGUCGAUAGAGGCUCCUUUGACGAACUCUGACACAGCAGUGUUGUCCGGUUCACUCUCUACACACAAUGGGAACGGAGGUGGCAACAUUAACAUGACCAUACGAAGGGUUACUUCAGCCAAGGGCUGGGGAGAGGUGGAGUUUGGUGCAGGAGACAUACUGGGACCACUCAUCGGGUUAAAGGUGUUUCGCAAUGUCACUCCACGGUGUUUCUUGACAGCCCAAUGCGGUUUGCAGUUCUCUCCUCGCAGUCUGCGACCGAGCUGCUCUCUGAUGACAGCACGCCACCUGGACCAGAACACCAUGGGUUACCUUCAGUGGCGCUGGGGGCCCAAUAGCGCCAUGACUACCAGCCUGGUCCGAGACACAAAGAGCAGCCACUUCACUCUAGCUCUGCAGCUGGGUAUCCCUCACUCCUACCUGAUGAUGAGCUACCAGUACAAGUUCCAGGACGAAGACCAGACUAAAGUUAAAGGCUCUGUCAAGACAGGCUGGUUUGGCACUGUGGUGGAAUAUGGAGCAGAGAGGAAGAUCAGCCGACACAGUGUCCUGUCAGCCACUGUCAGCAUCGGCGUCCCACAGGGAGUCACACUCAAGAUCAAGUUGGCGCGUGCCAGUCAAACCUACCUGUUUCCAAUCCACCUGACAGAUCAGCUGUUGCCCAGUGCUGUCUUCUACGCCACUGUGGGACCCCUGCUGGUUUACAUGGCCAUCCACAGACUGAUCAUCAUCCCAUAUACACAAGCACAAAAAGAGCAAGAGCUGGAGCUGCAGAGGAAGAGCUCCGCCACAGACAUCGCCAAGAAGAAGCAGGAGGCAGAGUCUGCUGUUCUGCUGAUGCAGGAGUCUGUGAGGAGAAUCAUAGAAGCAGAAGAAUCCAAGAUGGGUCUGAUCAUCCUGAACGCCUGGUAUGGAAAGUUUGUGUCAGACACCAGCCAGAAGCAGGAGAAAGCAAAGGUCAUCGACGUCACUGUGCCUUUGCAGUGCCUGGUCAAAGACUCCAAACUCAUCCUCACAGAGGCCUCUAAGGCAGGGUUGCCCGGCUUCUAUGACCCCUGUGUAGGAGAGGAGAAGAGCAUUAAAUUACUGUACCAGUUCAGAGGUGUGAUGCACCAAGUCAUCUCUGCAGACACUGAGCCUCUACGGAUCCCCAAGCAAUCUCACAGAAUUGAGUCUGAGUCCUAGGAGCCCACCACUGUUGGAGCACCGGAAGGCAAAUGCAGAAAAAAAGACUUUGUGUAAACAGAAGAACCCGUGAAUGGAGGGGACACAUCAAAAAUAAGUCAGUUUCUCUCCUCUAGUCCUCUUCUGUCAUGGUAUUAGUGAAUCCGUUUAUCGACUUCCUCCACUCCUCCCUUUCCUGUGGGGCCAUGUCCCAGGUUCAGCAAAAUACAGGAGUCAGCUCAGAGUUUCUACAAGGUCUCACCCUUUGAGUCUCUGGUCGGCUACACCUGACAAGGCUGCUCAAAUAUCUGCCUGGUGCAGGAGAUCAGACAUUGGUCCUGAACAUAGUUUUAUAUAUGCACCACACAGAGGGACUUGUAGUCACUGCGGACGUGGUGACCAUUCCCUUGAACGAUGAGCUAAACGUGCACAGAUAAAUUUAAAAACGUUUGUGUAUACAAGUGUAUACAAAUGAGCCGUGCUGUACUUUUACCCUUCAUCAUAUUAGUCUUUGUCCUGUAUGUGUAUCACGCUGGUAGUUUUGAAUCGGGUAAUGUCAUAACACACCAGUCGUUUCACUAACUCAUGCAGAUGUUUAGAGAAACACUAUGCAGGAUCAUGUCUCAUGUCUGUGACCCUGAGGCUGGCCAGGACUGAGGAAUGAUUGUGUAACUCCUGUUUUUGUUUACUUGUUGAAAAUGUCGCAUCCUAAUUUAUUAUGCCUUUCAGUGACAUGUCUGCUGCUCAUUUGAGGUGCCAGUCAGCAGGUGCAAACUGGUGCUCAAAACUUAUUUCUGUGAACGUUUGGAUUUGGAGGUAAUGGG